AUGAGUGCAGAUGCAGCCAGCGAGGGGCCCGAGAAGCAGCUGCUGAUUCAGCAAAGGGAGGAGAAGAGGCUGAGGGUGAUCCACGGCAUAAAGAACUCUGCAGCUUAUCAGAUUUAUUUGCUUGCAAAGUUGAACGGCACGGAGGAUUGUGGAGACGGCCAUUCGAUGAGCCCACCUACGACUCCAGUUGCGGAUGGUGCGAAAAGCAAGCGGGUCUGGGAAGACGAGGCUUUCAACUGGCGGCGCAAGCUCCGUGAAUGGUCUAGCAGAAUCCAAGGCGAUGCUGCUUGA